GUGAGCUCCUCGUGGGUUCCUCCUUUUCAACUCCAUGAAAUUCGGAUGGGAUCCAUCAUUGUGGGACCCAGGUUUCCAGCUUGGCUUCGGACGCAGAAGGAGGUUGAGGAGUUAGACAUGCGGAACGCGAGCAUUUCAGAUACCAUACCCAGCUGGUUUCGAGUGCUUUGUCAUAAUAUUACGUCAUUAGAUCUCUCCAGCAACAGCCUAACUGGAAAUCCUUUGGAGUUCAAAUCUUUUCCGCAGCUUGAAGAUUUAGAUCUUUCACACAAUUUUCUUACUGGACAUAUUCCGCAGCUUCAACAUGCGCUGGUGGUUCUCGCACUAAAUGAUAACCGUUUCACAGGUACUAUCCCUGAAGACUUGUGCAAGUUGGAAUAUUUAGAAUCUCUAGAUCUAUCCAACAAUCAUCUGUCCGGAAGAGUUCCUCUGUGUCUAGGAAACUUGCGAGACCUGCAGUACCUAUUCUUGGAAAAUAACAGUCUAUCCGGUCAAAUUCCGAGUUCACUGGGUAACUUGUUGCAACUUUCUUAUCUGCAUUUGAAUGGAAAUAAAUUCGUUGGGAAGCUCCCUGCCUCGAUGCAGCAUCUGAGCAAUUUGCUAAUUCUUGAUCUCGGUGACAAUGGACUGAAGGAUACUAUACCAGCUUGGAUUGGGGAUAGGUUAUCAAAGUUAAAGUUUCUAAGAUUUCAGUCAAAUAACUUCCAUGGACCCAUUUCCGAUACACUCUGCCAACUCUCACAUCUUCAAGUGCUGAACUUAGCACAUAAUAACUUGAGUGGAUUUAUUCCUCGCUGCUUUAACAACAUUACUGCCAUGGUAUCAGGUCUAGAUGGAGGUUACACCAUUGAUUCAGUAGAAAGCCUUCAAGACAUUAAGGGAGGAAGAGAAGUUCAGUAUUCACAAGACAGCCUUCGGCUUGUUAAUUCCGUAAGCCUCUCAGCAAAUAAUUUAGUUGGCGAGAUCCCUGAUGAGAUAAUGGAACUGGUUCAAUUGCAAGUUUUGAAUCUUUCACAAAAUCAUUUGACUGGAAGGAUCCCCAAGAAGAUUGGCAACUUGAAGCAACUUGAAACACUUGAUCUAUCAAUGAAUGAACUCUUCGGUGCAAUCCCUGAAAGCUUAUCUGAUUUGUACUCAUUGAACUCUCUCAAUUUGUCACACAAUAAACUUUCAGGGCCAAUACCAUCAGGAAAUCAGCUUCAAACCUUGACCGAUCCAUCCAUCUAUGAAGGAAACAGUGGACUCUGUGGCAAACCGCUCCCAAACAACUGCUGGGAACACAAAUUGCCUACCAAAAAUGGGCCUAUUGAUGAUGAUGAAGGCCACAGGGAAUCUGAUUGGUCUUGGUUUUAUGCUGGAAUAGGACCGGGUUUUGCUGCCGGGCUGUCAGGAGUUUUGGGAAUCCUUCUCUUCAAGAAGUCAUGGCGCUAUGCAUACUUCAAGUUUAUAGAAAGUGCCUGUGACAAAAUCUGGGUAAAGACUACUCGCCCGCGGAGGAAUUUCCGUUGAGCCUACGACUAUCAGAGUGGUUGCUGCUGCUGUUGUCCAGGGUGCCUCGAGAACCCAAUAGUAGUUUAGUUGUGUUUUCGUGUAUUUAAGCUUCGAGUAUUCAGUGUUUUUCUGUUUUGUUUUGCAUCUCAAGAUGUAAUCUGAGGAUUAGUCCUCUUUCAACAGCUGUGAAUUCUAUGUCAAACGGUAUGAGACCCUGGACAAACGGUAGUAAAUCCUUUAGAAACAU